CCUUGUUGAAUCAUUGAAUGUUGGGAUCCAUUCAGAUCACAUUGGGAUCAGUCAGCAUCCAUUCUUCAAGUAAAAACACCCCUGCAGUUAAUCCGUUAAUCUGAAAAACAAAUAAAUUUAUUUUUUCUAUUUAAAUAAAAACAUACUGUGCAAAAACAUUCUAUUGUUAUAAACAAUAUUUUAAUUGUUAUUUAUUUUUUUUUUUGUGCUGAUUUUGUUAAGAAAAGAACACCUUGAUCAAGAUGUCCUUGGUCAAGAUAAUAAAAAUCACCCCAUGCUUUUGUUUGCCAUUAAAAGGUGGUACCAUUUUCAUUGCAGUCAUUGCAUCUGUAUGGUCAUUUGUCAUGUGGUUUGCAAGUUGCAUCAGUUUGAUCUACUCUCGUGUUAAUCCAAAUUUUUACGUUGAUCAACUAUACGGCUAUGAUUCAAUCAAACAAUUCACCAACAAAAUGGCACAACAAGAAUAUCAAUUUUGGCAAUUUAUUCGAAUUGUUUUUUUCAUUUUUUUAUUGUCUGCAUUCAUCUUCUCCAUUUGUUUAUUACAUGGUGUCAUCAAGGGAAAACCAAAAAACAUGAUACCUUGGUUAUGCAUACAAUUUGGUGGUUUAUUUUUAUUUGCUGGAUGCAAUCUUGCUUGGUUAUUUACUGGACAUUAUUUUGCUUCACGAUUUGAAGUAAUGCUUGGACAUGUUUUUGGACUAUUCAUGUUGACAAUGUACAUUUACAUUUUCAUGGUCUUGUUGAGUUACUAUAAAUUGCUGACUGAUAAACAAGUUGUAACAAAAAAAAAUUCAGGAAGAGUUUAUGAUGCAUCAUUUGUACCAAAUGCACCAUUUGAAAGUGUCUAAUGUUAUUCAAACAUUACACCACAAUUUAUAUCAAAGCUUGAUAUUAAAAUUACAAUUUAUUUUUAUUUUUUUUUUGU